AUGGCUAUGGAGCCUCCAUCACGGCCAUCGAGCGCCCUUUUCGACGUCUACCUGCGACUGCGCCCAUCGAACUCCGCAAAUGCCAGAUUUCUCACAGUCGAGGAUCGAGACGAUAGCCACCCCACACAUAUCACUGUCAAGUCACUCGUCAAUGACAACCGUAAGCGUGCAGUCGAACGAUUCGCCUUCACACAAGUUUUUGAGGAAGAUGCGCGCCAGAUGGAGCUCUUUAAGGGAACGGGCAUUGUACCCAUGAUCGAGGGAGUGCUAGGCGCACCUGGAUAUCACGGGCGAGAUGGACUACUGGCAACACUAGGUGUUACUGGCUCUGGAAAGAGCCAUACCAUCCUUGGAACCAAGUCCCAGCGCGGUCUUGUCCAGAUGACUCUCGAUGUGCUCUUCCAAAGCUGCAAAGAACAGCUUGUUCAGUCGUUCUAUGGCGCGCCAGCUUUCUCAUCUCUGGCAGCUGCAGACGUGUCUGAAGCCAACAUGUUCACCGCCUCUGCGUACCUCGACUCAAUGUAUGGGGAUAACCAAUCAGAACGCUUUCCAUCGAGAGCAAAUACACCUGCGCCUGACUGUAGUUUUGUCUCGCAAGGCGCCUCUCGAUCGAGCAAGAUACCUCGACCUUCGACCCUGGCGCAAGCCCCGUCUGUCGCCGACAUCGAGAUCCCCGCAGACCCCACCGCCGAGUAUGCCAUCGUAAUCUCGAUGUAUGAGGUCUACAACGACAGAAUCUUUGAUCUCCUGGCUGGCAGUGCUAUGAAGAGCAAGCACCCCAACAUCAAGCGCCGGGCGCUAUUGUUCAAGAGCACGGAACAGAGUCCUGAGCGCAAAGUUGUCGCCGGCUUGACCAAGAUCAUCUGUGGCAGCUUCGAGGAGGCUAUGAUGGUGCUUGAGACAGGCUUGAUGGAGCGCAAGGUGGCUGGUACAGGAAGCAACGCUGUCAGCUCCCGCAGCCACGGCUUCUUCUGUGUCGAAGUCAAGAAACGUGAUGCUCAGUACAAGGGCCCGUGGUCCAGCAGUGCACUGAGUAUCGUCGACCUCGCGGGAUCUGAACGCGCGCGCAAUGCAAAGACUGCGGGUUCCACACUCGCUGAGGCUGGCAAGAUCAACGAGUCGUUGAUGUACCUUGGACAAUGCAUGCAAAUGCAGGCUGACCACCAAGAAGGCUCAAAGAACGUCGUUCCGUUCCGCCAGUGCAAGCUCACAGAGCUUCUAUUUUCCAAUUCUUACCCAUCCUCUUCACGUCAAACACAGCACAUCCAACCACAAAAGUCCAUCAUGAUCGUCACCGCUGAUGCGCAAGGCGAUUACAAUGCAACAUCUCAGAUCCUGCGCUACUCUGCCCUCGCUCGGGAAGUAACUGUCCCACGAACACCCUCCUAUACCUCCACUCUCCCCACUGGUCCCCGUCCAGGAACCGCAUGCUCCGGUCGUAGCACGCCCUCAGCGCUGCUCGACGAGCUCGAGUCCUCUGCAGCCGAGAUCGCGCGUCUGCAGCAAGAACUCUCCAUCUUCGCUCUGCGCCUCUCCGAAGAGACUUCGCGCCGCAAAGCCGCAGAGCAGUCCUGGACGGCCGCAGAAGACCACAUGGCCACGCUCGAGCAAGAGAUCCGCGACGAGUGCUACCUCGAGAUGGAGUCUGCCGUUGACCAGGAGCGUCGAAGGUGGCAGGCCACGCUAGACAGCGAGCAAGAUAACCAACAAGCACAUCUCGACUCGAAAAUCGAUGUUGUCAUCAAAGCGACCAAGGCGCAGAUGCGGCUCGAGGAACAGACGGUCAAGGUGUACGAAGACCCGGAUCCAGAGAUUAGAGAGCGGAAUGAGGAGCUAGAGCGCGAGAACGAAAUCUUGAAGGAGAAGGUGGAGAGAUUGGAACGUGAGGCUAUGGGGCGGAGUGCGAGUCCGGUGAAGAAGAUGAGGAUCUUGAAGACCAAGAAGUGGGAAGAUCCUGAGAGCAGGCUAUUUGGUCUCGAUGAUUGA